CGUUGUACUUCCGGCGAAAAAUAAUUUCGAAAGUUCUUGGAAAUAUUUAGGAAUUAACUAAAUAAGUAACUUUUUGUGAUGACAAAUACUUGUAAAUAAGUAUGAAUAAGUACAUUGCAUUAUCCCGAAGUGCCAUAUUUCGUGUUUGUUUGAACCGUUUCCAAAAAGUGAAGUUAGGUAACAAAAAUAUUUUUUCAAAAAGUUGUGCAACCAAAGAUCUUUUGAAUGGACUCGUUCCUUGUUUGGGAUGCACAACAAGUAGAUCCAUCUCCACAGAUAGACAAUCAUAUCAAAAUGCACGACAGGAGGUUAAAGCCAUGUGUACAGUCUUGGAGCGCUCCAACUUGACAAAGCCAGCUGAUAUUGCUCGUCUUCUAGGAAUAGAUUCUCUUAACUUGUUUUCAAAAUCUGAUCCUCGUCUCCAACAACACAGGCCAGAUGGUCGUCAUGACAAUGAAGAUGAGAAAAAAGAAAAUGAUGGAAAUGAAAAUGGUAAACCUCCGUUAAAAGGCCUGGUAUUUGUGUGGUUAUGGACUGCUGCUCUGAUGUAUAUGUUAUCUAGGCUCGUUGGAGAUGACGACAAAUCUUCAGGAUUUCAUUAUGUCUCUUGGACUGAGUUUGUUCAUGAUAUGCUGGCAAAGGGAGAGGUUGAGGAGAUUAUUAUUGGACCUGAGAUGGAGAUGGCUGUCAUCAAACUGUACCCUGGUGCAGUCAUUAAGGGACGUAGGCUGGAUAAUACAAUAUUCCACAUGAAAAUAGUUGACAGUGACAGGUUUGAGGAGAAGUUACGUCAAGCUGAGGAGGGUCUUGGGAUACGUCGUGAGCAGGGUAUUCCAAUAUCCUACCAGAGGGGCAGUUCUUGGGCGUCAGUAGCAGUACUAAUGAUAAUAGCUUUAGGAUUGUACAUGAUGUUUCGUAAUGUCAAAGUCCAGAUGCCAAACCCAAUGGAUAUGUUUGCAGGUGAACGCAAAGCCAAAUAUACAAGGGUUGACCUACAAACUCAGAAGGGUAAAGGUAUUAUGUUCAAGGAUGUAGCAGGUCUCAAAGAAGCCAAAAUAGAAGUGAUGGAGUUUGUGGACUACCUUAAUAAAGCAGAUAAGUUCAAGGAACUUGGUGCUAAGAUCCCUAAGGGGGCUCUCCUCCUUGGCCCUCCAGGUUGUGGAAAGACACUGUUAGCCAAGGCUGUGGCCAAUGAGGCCAAAGUCCCAUUCCUUGCUAUGGCUGGGUCAGAGUUCGUAGAAAUAGUAGGAGGACUCGGGGCAGCACGUGUGCGGGACUUGUUCGCUGAGGCCAGAAAGAGGUCACCCUGUAUCAUAUAUGUUGAUGAGAUCGAUGCCAUAGGCAAGCAAAGAGCUGGAAACAACUGGGACUCAAGUGGUGGAGAAGGCGAGCAUACAUUGAACCAGCUACUGGUAGAGAUGGAUGGAAUGGGAACUCAAGAAGGUGUCAUCAUGCUGGCCUCAACUAACAGGGCAGAUGUUCUAGAUAAGGCCUUAUUACGUCCUGGAAGAUUUGACCGCCAUAUUAUGAUAGACCUUCCAACUGUAAUAGAAAGACAGGAGAUAUUUGAGAUGUACCUGAAACAGCUCUCCCUAGCAGCUGAUGUUGGUAAAUACGCUCCCAGGAUGGCAGAAUUGUCUCCUGGCAUGAGUGGUGCAGACAUAGCUAACAUUUGUAACGAGGCUGCUCUUCAUGCUGCCAGAGACCAAAAGAAAGUUAUUGAUGUCUCCGACUUUGAGUAUGCUGUAGAAAGAGUAAUAGCAGGUCCUGCCAAGAAAAACACCGUACUAUCACCUGAGGAGAAACGUGUUGUUGCUUACCAUGAGGCUGGGCAUGCCCUUGCAGGAUGGAUGUUGAAACAUACAGAUGCCUUGCUCAAGGUGUCUAUAGUGCCACGUACCAGUAGUGCUUUAGGGUUUGCCCAGUAUAUGCCCACAGACAAUAAACUCUACUCCACGGAGCAACUGUUUGAGAAGAUGUGUAUGGCACUAGGGGGCAGGGUGGCAGAGAGCCUCACUUUCAAUAAGGUCACUACAGGAGCACAAGAUGACCUUCAGAAAGUGACAAACAUUGCAUAUAGACAAGUGAAGCAGUUUGGAAUGAAUGAGACAGUGGGAAAUAUCGCAUUCCCAGAUAAUGGCGACACUUUUGGAAAGAAACCCUACAGCAAACUAUUGGCUUCAACCAUUGAUAAUGAAGCAAGAUCACUGGUAACUAAAGCAUACAGACAUACAGAAGAACUACUGCAGACACACAAAGACAAAUUAGUCAAGAUUGCUGAAACACUGCUGGAGAAGGAAGUAUUAUCAUAUGAGGAUGUGCAGGCUCUGAUUGGUCCACCUCCUCAUGGCGCAAAACAGACAGUAACUGCGGUGGAAUGGGACACUGGCUCUCAGAAUGUACGAGCCAAACAAGACAAUAAAAUGGAAACAAAAACCUAGCAUAUAGUGCAAGGUUAUUCAGAAUCAUUUAUACAUUUAGGCAGUGUAGCUUGAGUCUGUUAUUGUUUCAGAAACAGUGAUUACAAAAGCAACUGUCAAAUAGCUAGAUUCCAUUUUGGACCUAGGUCAAAUAUCAGUGAAUCUAUUAAGAGAAUAAUGAGUUGUGAAUGUGAUAUUUGGGUCUGAAGGGGUAUCACUUCCUGUGUGAAAUCUUCAAAGUCUCUGGCUAAUGAGUACAUAUGUUUUAUGUUCAUAGAGUUCUUUGAGUAUAAAGGUCUCUAUAAUAUUUAAGGCUAGUUUGUGAAGUAUGUCAACAUUGUCUGAGUGGGUAGAUGCAGAAAUUGUUCGACCUUUUUAGCUCACAUGGUGAGCUAUUGCAAUCACUCACUUGUUUCAUGAAUUUUGUCAAUAUAUCAAUACUCUAUGAGGUAUAUCGACUGAAUGAAAAUAAAAUUUGCUAUUGCAUAGACUAAUCACUCUAGUUUUGGGUUGUUGAAAUACAUGAUACAUAACAGAAAUUACUCUUAUGUCAACCUUCAUAUAUUUAUGAAUAAAGCAGACAUUAAAUAGGAUAUCUCGAAAUGGAUUUAAAUGUUGCCAUUUACAAAAAGUUUCAUAAAAUCACAGAAUUGGAUGAUUGUAAAAUUAAAG